AUGGCUGAGAAGAUUCUCAUGAACGAGUACAAGGACCUCUCGAAGCAGACGUGGACUAACAUUUCGCUUGUCAACGACAACGUCCGCACGUGGAGCGUCGCCCUCAUCGUCCUCAACCCUGACUCUCUCUACUACGGUGGCUACUUCAAGGCAAUCAUGAAGUUUCCCGAGAACUACCCAUACUCUCCGCCCAGCUUCCAAUUCGAGCGCCCGCUCUGGCAUCCCAACGUCUACCCAGAUGGCAAGCUGUGCAUCUCCAUCCUGCACUCGCCCGGCGAGGACGCGAUGAGUGGAGAGAUGGCAGGCGAGCGCUGGUCUCCCGUACAGCGCGUCGAGAGCGUCCUCAUCUCUGUCCUCUCAUUGCUUGACGACGCCGAGUGCAGCUCGCCCGCCAAUGUGGAUGCGGGUGUCCAGCUCCGCAACAAUCCGGACGGAUACAAGCAGCGCAUCGCCGAGGACCGGGAGAAGAGCAAGCAGGAUAUUCCGGCCGGAUUCGUCAUGCCAACUCAUGAAACAGCGUUCAAGAAGGAGGAGAAGGUCAUCGAUGAUUUCAGCUGGAGCGACAGUGAGGACGAGUUUGAUUUCGACAACAGCGACGACGAUGAGGAGAUGUUCGACGCCGACGAGGGAACCGACCAGGAGGAAGAUGAUGAGUGA